CUUUGACAUUGUUUAUUCCUCUCUUGCUCUUGCUGAUUACUAGCCAUGAUGUCGCAUGUUCGAACCAGGCACCAGGAAGGAAUUUUCCUUCGGCCACCAACCCCCCCAGUCCAAGAAGUCAGAAGCCAUGUACUUCUCAAAAAUUUACGAUAUUCGGACAUAUUUCGGGGAUUUCGAACUGCACGAGAACACUUCGUGUUUGAUGCAGUGUUAUUAACAAUGGAGGGACCGAACGGCAAAUCCAAGACGAGCAUUUGGAACAAACUUUGAAAGAGAUAAAAUAGAAGCUGAAAAAAAGACUGAUAAGUUAUCAGUUUUGAGAUAUAGAUUAGAGACAUGCAACUUUUCAUAUCAUUCACUCCUACAGAAGAGCCAGCUUUCGAUAGCAUAGAGCUGAAAUUACAAAAGAUGAACACAUUACCUGGUGCUCACAGCUCAGAAUCCUAUCCUCAAAUCGUCGAAAGCGAAGCUUCGAAGAAUUUAAACAGCAUUUUAAAAGAGAUUGCCGAAUCACAAGGCCUACCCCUCACAACGAAUUAUAACUUACAGCGCAAUAUGAAGCCAGAAACUUUAGAACGCAACUUGUCUUAUAAGAACUUUGAAAAAAAGGAAUUAUCAUCCAUGCACGAACAUUUAACCUCCAUAUCUCACGAAUCCCACAUGUUAAAAAACGAUGCCGUAUUUACUUCUGCCCAUAAUUUACCGUUAGUUAACAAUCAUGAAGCACAUAUGUUAAAAAACGAAGCUUUAUUUACCACUGCUCAUAGCCUUCCAUUAGUAAACAACCACGAAGCCCAUCAACAUUCGCCUCCAAAGAUACCCUUCAAAACAGUUGAUGGAUAUUUAGUGCUGGAGCCAGCACAUUCGAAUUCUAUGACCAAAAAUUCUAUACCCUGUGAGGAAGCAGUUGCACUUAUUAAGCAAGAAAAUUUCAGAAAUGACAUUGGUAAUAUGCACCAUUUUGAACAGCCCGUUCUUCCCAAAGAAUCUUUUGACAGUAAUGUAAAUGAUUUUGGUAAUAAAACUCAUAUACCAACUGACGCUACGGACACUGAUGAUAGUGCUGUAGACAUAGAAACCAUAUCAAGAGAUGAUAGUAAUCCUCCUGGUGCGAAUAAAGAAGUACAAAUUGCGGAAUCUUGGACAUUAAAACCAAACGAGACUUAUAAACUGGAUACUGACCACUCAAAUGUUCUCGCUGUUGAAGAUUAUAGUUUAGUUCCUCCAGCUGUCAAAAAUUUAUGGUUCGAGAUCUUCGAACACGGUGAAAAUAGAUCUCCUUUGCCACAAGAAGGACAUUCAAAUAGAAACGAUGGACAUGGAACUGCACAAGAAACUACUCAAAUGGCAAAAAAUUACUCUUGGGAAAAGAAUGUGAAGGAAAUGCAGCACCACUCACCUUCAAAGGCGCAUUCACUGUCCAAAACUGACCAUCAAAGCAAUGAAUGGGAUUCACACCACCAUGCUAUACCCCAAAUUCAAGUAGAUAACUGGUUAUCUCACCCUGGAACUGAAACACAAAUUAACCAUGCAAAUGUUACAGAACAUGCUAACGUCUCAGAUUCAUAUCAUUGUAACAAAGAAGUAAAUGAAUCUGAUCAAUUUAACGCUGCGUGGAAUGAAAAAACAAACAGAUUUAUGGCAGAUCAGCGCAGCGAAAUGAAUAGACAUCUAGAGCAGAAGUCAUCAGCAGCUUGGCCUGAUCAUAAUAAUCAAACUAUUAAUGAGCUCAAUAUGAUAACAUCUUGCCAAGAUUCCCGUGUAAAUGUCAAGUAUGAGAAUACUUCUUCUUGCGCAAUGAUUUCGAAUAACAACAACAGCUUAGCAAAUGAAAUUUCCAAAUCUGAACACAAUGAGAUUGAAAAUAACAUUCCAUAUUAUGAUGAUUUAAAAAGAUCUGGUCAUUACCCUCCAAAAAAACCGAAACAAGGCGCCGAAUUUCCGAAAAAUCCAUUUCCACCAGAAACAUCAUGGAACGAAAACAAAAACAAAACCGGCGAUACUCAGGCUUGGGUAGCAGACGACGCCCACUUUCCAGACCACAUUGCCACUGGCGACUCAUGGGAGUACCAGACAAUGCCAUCAAUCAUAGAGAACAGUCGACAUCAGCCAAUGAAACAUCUAAUAGUCGAUGAAAAUCACCACCCCAUUUCGGAAACAUAUAACCAGUCUUGUUCUUCGUCACCGCCUACUUCAGGGAGUGAAGGGCGUGAACUACGAAGAAGAACCAGCCUUGGGGUCGUCCAGUCGCGACAUCCCCAACAUUCCACGAAUCCUGCGCCACCUGACGGGGAAAGAAACAGGGAACGUGCUCCAACUAUUAGCAGUUCCAGUGAUACAGUCAUGGUCAGUACGUUUGGCAGCAUGGCUCCCUACAGCAUGGCUGGCAAUUAUUCCUCCCCACCAUCCUAUUCAGGAAGAGAUCUUUAUCCUGGUAAAUCAUCAUCAGGGUAUGGUGUUGAUCCAUCAUCUCCCUCCAGCGCUGCUUUGUAUGCUUCGUCAACUGGAAGUCUCGCAAUGAUUCCAUAUGUUGCUGGACAAAGUAUGGGAAAUCACCAAUCUAUGGUAUCACAAAGUGGUCACCAUUGGUCAAGUUCUCAGCCUCCGAGUGUCCACGAUCACCAGCAGAGUUCUGGUUAUGGAAUUUCAGCUUUGACUUCUGGACUGAAUCUUGCUCAAAAUUCUUUAAUGUCGACAACCUCGCAAGCCGGCGGGUGCGACCAAAAUGACUUAAACCGUGCUGCUUCGGGAUUUUCUUCUUUUGCAUCAUCUGGUCACGGUUAUUUAAGACCAGAAAUGGCCACACAUUGGGGAUUGCUAGAUCCGGCAAUAUCUGGUUUGCAACAUCCAUAUUGUUCUGAUGGUAUGGGCCACCAUCUUGGUCAAGAUCGUGGGGAUUACUUCAGCCUCAACGAGGAACGUGAAUGCGUGAAUUGUGGGGCAAUAUCUACCCCACUGUGGAGAAGGGACGGUACUGGACAUUAUUUGUGCAAUGCUUGUGGACUGUACAGUAAAAUGAAUGGAAUGAACAGACCUCUUAUGCGACCGCAAAAGAGACUUCCCGGACCAAUGGUGGCUGCCAACAGGCGUGCCGGCCAAAUCUGCACGAAUUGCGGCACUACAAAUACAACACUGUGGCGAAGAAACAACCACGGAGAACCAGUGUGCAAUGCCUGUGGACUAUACUAUAAAUUACAUGGGGUAAACAGACCACCAGCAAUGAAAAAGGAAGGAAUUCAAAAAAGAAAGCGUAAGCCUAAAAACGCCAAUCAGCAAGAUACAAAAAGAAAGUCCAUUUCUUCAACGCCAGGUACCAAAAGCCCAGGAGAUCUCAGUUCAGCAGCACCAACCAACUAUUCCUCCUCAACAGCUCCAGCUAAUUACGUAGUAAGCAACAAUUCAACCCCUGCUACUUCUCCAGCAUCUUGCGAUGCAACUGCGCUGACAAGACAGCAACACCACAGCAGCAGCAGCAAUAAUAAUCACCACAAUCAUCAACAACACACCGCUGGCAGUGAAGAAGCUGGAAGACAUGGUCUUCAGCAUUCUUCCUAUAACAGUCAUCACAGCAUGGACCACUCCAGUUCAAGCCAUCACCACCAAUCAGCACUGCACGCCCUACAGGGCAUGAAUUCCUUUUAUCCGGCACAUUCACACCACCAACACCACGGUGCAACGUCUGUUAUUGCAUCGACUUCAACGACGUCGGGAACGUCGUCAAAUAGAAUGCCCACGCCAUACAUCAAACAUGAGAUUCGUGAUGGUUAAUCUCUCAUGCAUUUCUAUGCAUCUUCAUAAUCAUCUAAAUUGUAAGGGAUACGGAGUAUUUAAUGCCAUUUUUUCAAUUGCUCUCGUGUCAGACGCGCCAUGACAUUGACGCCAGCGCCACCGUUAUGCAAUAUGACACGAUAACUAAUAUCAAUAUGUGGUGAGACAAAGAUUAAUGAACACUCGCAUUUUUCCUCAAUAUUUAUGCCUAAACGUAACAAACUGGCAAUUCAUGUAGCGUAAUAUGGAAAUGCUAUGUAACCGAACGUCCCGAAUUGUUUAUGAGGACAUGAUACUUGUGAGAAUUGAGCGUAUGAGAGCAGACCAAUAGUUUGCAUAUAUAUGUGUAUAACUAGAGGUCUACUCUCAUAUGAUGAUUAUAUAAGUUCAGAUCUAUAGUUUUUUUAAAUUUCAUUUCUGUAAGUUAUGCUCUCAUAAUGUGUUGGUAGAAGCGGGUAAGAAAAUUAGUAAUAACGGGUAAGAGCUUCAGAACUAUGAGUCUGCUGUUAUAUCAUGCUAUGAUGAUUUAUCAUCAUUGAUGAUUGCAGUAUUUAAGUGUAUGGGAAAAGCAUCAUAGUUUGUAUAUUCAUAAUUGUAAGUCAAUUCUUCUAGGAUAAUUAUCAUGAUGAUUGUGGUAACUAAGCAUAAGAGAGAAGACUUAUAGUUUGUAUAUUAUGAUUAUAGGUCUGCUUUUAUAUGAUGCCAACAGACUUAUAAUUUGUAUACACAUAUAGACUAAGUCAUCUCAUAAUCUUAUCAAUAUGGUAGUUCUGCAACUGAAUAUAUGAAAGCAGACUUUAUAGAUGAUGGCGGCUGGGUAAAUCUAAACAAACCUAGUUUGUGUAUUCAUUGAAAUUUGUUGUAAUGUUUUGGAAAUUUUACAUGAUAAUCUAGUAAUUGUAAAACUUGUAAAUAUGCAGCUUGUAUAUAUGAUUUAAGACAAUUGUAUGAUAAUGUUUAUCUAAAUUUUAUAAAUUCUUCAAUAAUUAUUAUUAAAAUUAUUCAGGUAUGAGUCUAACAACAGUUUGUAAUUGUAAAAUUCUAUUUAUUAAUUAGACAUUUAUCUCAAAAUACUGUACACGCCACUACUUCUCAGUUUCCUGCUCUGGCAAAUAAGCUAUUGACAGUCAUAUAAUCAAGGUGUUUAUAAAACGCUACCCUUACUAUGUUUUUUGAAUUUUUGUUAUAAACAAAAUCUCUUACUGGCCGACUACCACGAGUACUCCUCCAGACAUCAGACUCGCGUGAUGGCAGUUACUGUGAUUACGAAGACAGGUCACUUCGAAUAUGGGUGUUAGUUAACCGUUUUUCAUUGGUUGAGGUUGGGAUAUUUACGUCAUUUUUUCAAUUUUCCCAAAUUUCAAUCGGUUUUCGUGAUCGCCGGACAGUAAGCAACCAUGCAAUAUUACAGAAAGAAAUAAUGAUGUAAAGACAAAAUUCAGUAAGAUAUUCCAAACUCAAAGAACUUGUCAGUGUAAAACUAUCAUCAACAAUUAAAGUUAAAACUCCAUUAAUUUUCCCGCAAUUUUUAAGCUAAUAAUAAU